AUGUCCGAGGCGCGCAAGUUUGACGCGACAUUCAAAAAGGUGCCGGGCGUGCUGUCCUUGACGGAGACGCACGUCGCAUGGGUCCCCACAGCAGGCGGUAUGGACCGGCAGCAACAGGCGCUGAACCGUGUAUCGAACAUGCUAGCAAGCAAGGCUGGCUCGGCGCGUACCUCGCUCAUGCUCAAGUUCAAGGACGACGUUCCGGCCGGCGGCCUCCUGUUCACCUUUACAGCCGCGAGCAAGGAAGCCGACCGGCAGGCGGUGCAGGACGUGCUCAUCCCGUUUGUCGCUGCGAACCGUGGUGCCCCUGCUGCAGCGCCGACUCCUGCCGCACCCAGCGCCGUUGCCGGUCCGUCGACGGGCGCCGGCCCAUCGGGCAUCGCGAGCGCCGUGGGCACACCGGCAGGCAGCGCGCCGGGCACGCCUGGCACGCCGUCGAGUGUCGCGCGCGCCGGCAAGCGCAAGCUGGACGACGGGGACGCCGAGGCCCGCCGCCGCGCCAACAACCUCCGCGUGCGCGUCCUGCGCAAGAACCCGACCCUCAUGCUGCUCCACCGCGAGCUCGUGAUUGGCAAGCAGAUCAGCGAGGAGGAGUUUUGGGACGGCCGCGAGGCGCUCCUCAAGGCCGAGGAGCUGGCGUACGAGCAGCGUCCAGGCCGCCCGUCGCGUCUCCUGGACGACCGUUUCGACAUUGCAGGCAACAAGAGCAAGAGCGGCAAGAUCCAGGGCGGUACCGGUGUGGGACUGAAAAAGGUCGAGACGGGCCCCAUCGUCCUCAACAUUACAAAGGACCUCACGAGGGAGAUCUUUGAAGAGUUUCCAGUGGUGCAAGAUGCGUACGCCAAAAAUGUCCCAAGGAUUUCCGAGACCGACUUUUGGACACGAUACUUUACGUCGACUCUGUGGGAACGACACCGUGCGUCGGUGCGCAAGACUGCACUGGACGAAGGGUCACGUCGCAAAGAUGACAUUUUCGAUGCCUACCUCGAGGACCCAGACUGGGAGACUGCGCCGCGCAAGAAGAUGCCCGACAACGUGGAAACGUACCUCGACCUGGCGGCGACCGAGGAGGACCACGGCGAAAACCUCGUCAUCCGUGAUGUGACCAUGCAGGCUGGCAAGGAGCGCAGCUCAUUGCCCCUCAUGCGUCGUUUCAACGACCACUCGGAAAAGCUGCUUCAAGCCGGUAAGAAAAAGGACGCCACUGGGCGCUCAACGAUCCCGAUGGUGGCCGACGACCUGUAUGACCAGAUCGAGUACGAGGACCUGCGCGCCGCCGCAGCGCCAGCACCCAUCCCACUCGAGGUGCAAGACGCCAACGAGCGUGACGAUGCCGACGGCGCGCGCGGUAUCUUGCCCGGGCGCAACGACGACGAGCUGCUCGCCAUGGCCGACAUCGAGUCGCGCAAGAUUGCCGACUGGUCCGCCGACUUCACCUCGGUCUGCCUGGCCAACCCUGCCCACCCGAGCUACCCCCCGGCAGCAGAUGACAUGGAGGCCGCUGCGACGUUUAGCACGUUUUCGUUCCAGCGCGACGCGCAAAUGGUCGCCGGCCGCGUCGUGCGCGACAUGCACGUCGCGUCCAACGCCGAGGACGCCGUCCUGCCCCCUCUUCCCAACGCCAUUCUCGAGCAGAUGCGCUCGUGCCACAACGCUGCGACAGAGUUUCUCCGGCAAUACUGGAGCGCCAUCCUCCCAGCAGCGCCUGGCGCUUUGGGGGCGGGCACACAGGCCCACUCGCCACAAGUACGCGCGGCGCGCGCGACCAAGAUGGCGCGAUACCUCGAGGGCACCGAGGGUAAAGUGAAUGCCAUUGUGACGACGGCGGAGAUUGCGCGCGUGGACCCAGACCGCGUGCGGGCGGCCAUGGCGCCGACGCUGGGUGCGGUGAGCGUCGCGCUGCGCAGGGAGAAGCUGAGGACGGGCGUCAAGGCGUAA